AACGCCAAUCACCAGGCUCAUUUUUACUCCCAGAUCCACUGUGUCGCCUUGAUCCGACUUGGCAUCAAAUCGGGGUAUUACCACCAAGCAUCGAUAACAAUCAUGCCGACCUUGGCGCUCGUAAACUUCAAUCUUGUGUGCGCUACCUUGGGAGGGUUCGUGACCCUGUUCGGUCUUGUCUCCUACCUCUUCAAGGAGAAAUACUACCUCUCUGAGGCAUUGAUUUCGCUUCUUGCAGGCCUUGUAUUCUCUCCACAUGCUACCAAUCUGCUGAGACCCCAGCAAUAUGCAUUGGACGAUCCUGAACUUUUGGGCACUAUUACCUUGUACUUCUCCAGACUUGUGCUUGGCGUGCAAUUGGUCCUUGCGGGUGUCCAGUUGCCGUCCAAAUAUCUGAAACAGGAAUGGAAAAGCUUGGCUCUUCUUUUAGGCCCAGGCAUGACUGUAAUGUGGCUCGUCACAGGUUUGCUGGUCUUCGCUUUCGUGCCACAUAUAAACUUUCUUGAAGCUCUCGUUGUAGGCGCGUGCGUAGCUCCAACGGAUCCUGUUCUCUCAAACUCCAUCGUCAAGGGGCGAUUUGCGGAUAAGAAUAUCCCUAAGCAACUGCAAAACAUCAUCGUUGCUGAAUCAGGAGCCAACGAUGGAUUGGGUUAUCCGUUUUUGUUUCUACCGCUGUAUCUGAUACAGCACAUCGGCCAUGGAGGAGCAGGCCAAGAUAACAAGGCAGCAACUGCCAUUGGAGCAUGGUUCGGAGAAACAUGGGGUUACACUAUAAUCCUGAGUGUUGUCUACGGAGCUGCUGUCGGUUGGAUCGCAAAGGAACUACUACAUUGGGCAGAGGAACGCAACUAUGUUGACAAGGAGAGUUUUCUUGUCUUUGCUAUUGCUUUGGCACUGUUCAUCAUAGGAACUGUGGGCAUGAUUGGCUCCGACGACGUUUUGGCAUGCUUCGUGGCAGGCAAUGCUUUCACUUGGGAUGACUGGUUUCGAGUCGAGACUCAGGAUGACAGUUUUCAGCCCACCAUCGACAUGUUGCUGAACGUAUCUGUUUUUAUUUGGUUCGGAGCGGUCUGCCCGUGGAAAGAAUUUGCCGAAAACUCUGUUAUCCCCAUCUACCGACUAAUAUUUCUCGGCAUUUUCGUGCUUCUUCUUCGACGUCUUCCAGUCGUUUUUGCUAUGCAUAGGUAUAUUCAUCAAAUUGAACAGACUCGCCAAGCAGUGUAUGUGGGUUUCUUCGGUCCCAUCGGCGUCAGUGCCAUCUUCUAUCUCUACAUUACCUUGGAAUUUCUCAGGGGUAUCAAGGUAGAUGGCGAAGUACGACCAGACGCAGAGUAUCUGAUAGAGGUAGUUUACGUGGUGGUCUGGUUCCUGGUCAUAUGCAGUGUGGUUAUCCACGGUCUGAGCGUACCCAUGGGAAAGCUGGGCUUCUGGCUGCCACGAACUCUCUCGCGCGCCAUCUCAUCUAGGAGAGAAGACAGCCCAGAGCCUUUCCAUGUCCGUACGCAGAAUGAUGUUCCCGGUGAGGAAACAGAUAAUGGACUUCGUCGACGCCCAGGCAUAAACUCCAGCAACUCUCUCCCUCAACAUGUUCAUCCCAUCGGCAGGAGACCAGUUCCGCAGAUCAAUUCUGGUACACCCGUCCAUUCCGAGAAUCCAUCAGCAUCAACUUCUUCGGUAGGCGCGGAUCAAAUCACAGCGUCAUCCGGUGCUCAGAAUGCUCAAAAUGCUACCGCGCCAGCUUCACGGAGCACGACACCCCCACUCCCAGACCGCACCAUUCGUUACAUUGAUGAGCUGCCUGCCGGUAACGCGGUUUAAAACGUGACUGCUCAACUUAUCGUGACCGCGUGUCACUUUAGGAACAUGGCCAAACUAUCAGAGGGUCCUCCCCGUUCACCUCCGAUGUAUCGUUACUCGGAGUUGGUGCUUUUCUCCGCAUCUGUCUCGAUGCAGUGAGAACAUUACUCUCUCUGAGUCAUCCAUCCACUCCCAAUACUCCACUCCUUUUCCUAUUGUUUACCCACUAUUGUCCGAUGAUUCAUUCAUUUACAUAUGCAAGGUGGACAUCAGUCUGCCUAGCCUACAUAUACAUUAUAUAGAUUAUAUAUACAUAUAUAGCUACAUACAUACACACAAUCCAAACCUGGUAUUCGCGCAUUUUAUUUAUUCCGAGUUGAGUUCAGGUGAUCCGACACACAGCGAAGUGUUACAACGAUAAAUAAACCAAAAAAACGAGCGAUAAUCAAAAAGACAACCGAAUUUUGCCUUCACACAAGCUUAUGAAGCAGGGAUCGGGGGUAUUCGCGCAUACACCUCCUCGUGUUGUAGGCAGCCAAUUUGUUGUGAUGGUUGUUAAAUUGAUGAAAAGAGGAGGAAAACCGCCAAGACAGAACCCCCCUCUCCUUUUUGUAAUGGGCGCUAGCGCUCCUAACUUUAUGUAGUAGUUACACUAUGGCCUAGUGCUAACAGUAAGACUUACUUCUCAUAAGCACUUUGUAUCCUUGCCUGCUUUUUAUUACUACCUUUUUUAUCUGCCUUUUUAAGUGUAGGAAUUUUUAGGUCAUCGCUCGUGAUUUUGGUUUAUUCCUCGUUGUAACCCUUCGCUGAGUGUAGGAUCCCCAAAACUCCAACUCAGAAUAAGUAAAGAGUAGGAAACGCUGUGACUUCUAAUUAAGAAGCAGAAAACCCUUAUGAAUAAACUAUCAUACGAGUAUUGAACUAAGAAUGAUUUCAUAUUUGCACAUAUGUAGAGUUAAUGGACUGCAUCAAUUACGCAGACUUCUCUGCGAGGUACUGAGACAGCUGUUCUUGACUAUGCAUAGAUCUUGACUGCUGUGCUUCAUUACGAAAUACUAUAUAAAAAACAGAUCAGAGUAAUUGCCAACCAUUUGGCAUCAGACAUCAUGAACAUUGUUUUUCAUUCCACUCCUCCAGCUCUACCGUGGGUCACUGAUGAUGACUGGAACCUUGGACAAGACUUCCAACUCGAUGAAAGACACACAUAUCGUGGUUAUUCUCGCAAUAGUUUCGUCCUGCUGUUGUUUGUUCUCUUACUCUCGAGCUGUUUGAAGGCCGACUCCAACACGAACCCAAAAAAAAAUGCUCGACAGCAACGAGCUGCCUACAAAAUU